CUAUCGAGGACUGGUCGACAACCGACGUCCUUGCUUCACAGCACAGCGAAAAGUUCGAGAGAAUUGGAUUGCAUCAGCGCGCGAAAAUGCACGCCACGUUCCUGCCCUCGGUGCAGGGCGUGUUGGCGAGAUGUUCAAGCAGCGAGCUCGUGCUGCUGUGUGUGCUUGCGCUGCUUGUUUGGUACCUCCUCAUCCUCAUCUACCGCCUCACACUGCACCCUCUAUCCCGCUACCCAGGGCGUCUCUCAGAAAGACUCACAGACUGGCCCCUGGUAUUCUCCUGCAUCAGAGGAAACCGGCACAUCAAGCAACUGCUCGCGCAUGAGAAAUACGGCCCCAUCGUCCGCGACGGCCCCAACAGCCUCUCCUUCCGCUCCCCGCAGGCGCUAAAAGCCAUCUACGGCGCGGGCGCGCACGUAAAAAAAGGCGCCUGGUACCUAACCCUCGACAUCUCCGCAGGCGCGCCGUCCGUGCAGAUGGUGAUCGACCAGCAGCAGCACGCGCAGCGGCGGCGCGUGAUGGCGCCCGCCUUCUCGGAGAAGGCGCUGCGCGACGCAGAGCCGCUGAUCGGCGCGACGGCGCGUAAGCUGUGCGGCAAGCUAACUUCUGACGUGCUGGCCGGCUGCGAGACGGGCGAGUGGAGCCGCGGGGUUGAUCUGCAGCAGUGGAUUGCGUACUACGGGUAUGAUUUCAUCUCCGAUCUGGCGUUUGGGAGGAGCCUCGAGCUGCUGGAGCUAGAAGAGCAUCGCUUUGUGCCGGGGACGCUGAGGAGCGCGAGCCAGUUUUUGUAUUAUGUGGGCUAUCUGCCGUUUGCGGCGCUGGUAAGGCCGCUGAUGGGGACGAGUGUGCAGGAUCACUUCCCGGGGCAGUCGGCGCGGGACUCGCUGCGGUAUACGAAUCUGGCGAAUUCGAGGCUGGCGGAGCGGAUUGAGCGGGAGAAGAGGCGGAAGGAAGGUGGUGGUGGUGGUGAUGAUGAUAGUGGUGAAGGGGCAGAGAGAAAAGACACCUUCCACUAUCUGCUCAACAGCAAGGAUCCGAUGACGGGGAGGGAGUUCACAGUCGAGGAGUUGCAGGCCGACACGUCUCUGCUCAUUGCGGCGGGCAGCGACGGCGUCACCCUCGCCGUGUGCGCGCUGCUCUUCUACGCGCUGCAGCAGCCGCUGAUUCUGCACACGCUGGCCACCGAGAUCCGCGAGGCGUUCGCGACACCAGACGAGAUCCGGACCCCGAAGCUGAACAGCCUGCGCUAUCUGCACGCCUGCAUAGAAGAGAGUCUGCGCCUGGCGCCGCCCAAACCAGGGAGCUUGCCGCGCAUCGUGCUGCCCGGCGGCACGGAGAUCGAGGGCCAGCACAUCCCCGCCGGAACCACAGUCGGCGUGUCACACUACGUGAUCCAUCGCAACGCGGACAUAUUUCCCGAGCCCAGCAUGUUCCGGCCCGAGCGGUGGAUAGUCGGAGGCGACGGCGAAGGCGGCGUCAGUGCCGAGCAGCUCGCGGCGCAGAAACGAGCGUUUUGCCCCUUCGGCAUUGGGCCGAUGAACUGCAUCGGGCGCAACACGGCGUAUCUUGCAAUCAAGCUGGCCCUUGCCCACUUGCUGUGGCAGUUCGAUGUCAGAGUUGACGGGAACUUGACUGGAGGCGGGGGCAAGGACUUGGAGGAGGGGAGGAGGGAUGAGACGGAGUACCAGAUGUACGAUUGGAUUAUUGGAUUUCCGAAUGGGCCUAUGGUGCAGAUACGGUCACGGGUCUAGAAGGGCGACGCUUCUGAUGGAGGGCGAGUAUGAGACUGGCGAAGGGUGUAUGUAUGUAUCCGUCAUGGCGGGAGGGACGCCACGUGCUUGUCGUCUUACCCACGUGGCGGGUGGCGGACAGAAGCGUGCCAGAGAUGUAAGGGAGCGAGGAUGGAGCGGAUUUCGGAACUCGUAGAAAAGUGUGGCAAGAUCUUGGUCUGUUGGGUAUUGACGCGAUAUCCUUUGCAUCCAGACCAUGGCCAUCUGUCUGAAAUUAUCUUAUAUCAGCUCAGAAGGAGCCAAAGACCACGAGGGUGCCGUUGCAA